AUCGUCCUCGCAGCGACUCGUCCUGACUCCUUAGUAAGCACAGCUUGCAGCUGAACUCCUCAAACUUCCACCGCGCUUUGUCCCUUCGGCCGCCGCUUACUUUGCAACGCCAACGGAAGCAAAGCAAUUUUCGAUGAUGAAGCCUCAACAGCUACUCGGUCUUAACCCCGGAUGACGUGGAGAUGGGGGCUCAUGUACCGUAGAUCGCGGGAGUCGGCGGACCAGAUGAUAUGACGUCAAGGCUCGCCCGAGUCUUAUAGCGUGUAUGGAAUUUCAAUUGCUCGCACGACCAGCCUUGUUUAAUUCUGCGACGACCCUUGAUUCAUAUACCUCUGAUCUGCCCAGGGACUGUCCCUUCAACGUCCUAUUUUCUGCAUUUCUCGUGUUGUCUUCGACACGCAGCAAACGCGUGAUUUUGGUUGUAGUGAACAACAACAACAACAACAGUAAUAACCAACAACCACAUCAGCCAUCAUGUUGGUGGCAUCGUUUUGGGUCGUGCCCAUCUUCAGUUCGAUAUGUUGGAUGGCCAUGUUAAUCACCAUGCUGGCAUACUGGAGCGCAAAGGGGCACCCCCAUUAUCCAACAAUGGACCCGGGAGGUAACGGGGUGCAGAGGCAAACGAUUGCGUACAUCUCUGAUAUCGGCGCACAAGAGCUCAAGCCUAUGUUCAUCGCCAUGUCGGCCGUUACCGUUGUCACAUUCGACCUCGCCUUCAUCUUCGAACGCUACCUGCGCCAUGCUGGCAAGCUUGCACCUAAUACGUCGGUCUGGCAGAAGAUCUACUCGUUGAUAAGCAUGCUCGCUGCGAUUGUGGGCGCUGUCGGCCUUAUCCUUCUGACCAUCUUCGACAAUUAUCAUCACAACCGUAUGCACAACAUUUGCCUUGCGAUCUUCAUAAUAGGGUACAUUGUCAGCGCGAUCUUCAUCUGCUGGGAGUACCAACGCUUGGGAAUCCACUACCGCCAGCACUCGAUCCUCCGCAUCUCUUUCUGGAUCAAGCUCGCCUUCAUCAUCACCGAAAUCUGCCUCUGCAUUAUCUUCGGUGUGACCCAACUCUACGACUACUGGAACGUUGCCGCGGUAUUCGAAUGGAUCAUCGCCUUCGUCUACACGUGGUACGUGCUCAGCUUCUUCAUCGACUUCCUGCCCGCCGUGCGCACCAAGAACCACCAGAGCUUCCAGACCGAGAUGCAGAUGGCCGAGGAGGGCGGCCCGCAGCCGCGGACCAUGGGCGACGGGGCCGCAGACAGCCAGCAGUACUUCCGUGGCGCGCCGAUGACUGCUGGCGAGCCGGGCCAGAACUUCUACCCCAAUGCCAGCGGGUACAACAACCAUGCUAAGCCCGAGGCACCGAUUCCGUCGAGGAACUUCUAGGUAUUGUUGGUUGUAAUGAUUUGUAAUGUUUGUGUGCGUUUUUAGCUGUGUAUAUACCACUUGAUGACCGGCGUUGGUUUUAGCCAAUGCGUUCACGAUUAGACGUCGCCUAUGAGGGCAUCAUUGAGCAUUUCUGCGAUUUUAAUAUUACGCAUAUCAAAUGAUCGCAUCAGAAUUUGAAUUCCUGCCGUGCUCUCUUGUGCCUCUCACAUCAUUGAUGAACUGAAGACAUACCAAUAUGUGUGUAUCAUACUGCUUUCUUAUCAUGGCAUGAUAUGUCUCAUGGUGCCAACCCAUAACGGGUACGAGGACAGUUUGUCUAAUACGACUAUAUAGCCC